GUUCAGAAAUAGAGAGUGGGCAUGCGUUGUUGGACGGAAGGAACGCCGCUCCCCGGCCUCCCAUUCCCAGGUUGGAUGCAUGCAUCUGCAUAUGCAUAGGCCUAAUCCGUCUCCGAGUUUUAACGACUCCCCGGCGUUUCCGCCACUCGCGUAAAGCAACGUAACGUCGACGACGACGACGACGACGACGAUCCAUCUUCUUCUCCCCCGGACCGGGAUCCAUCUUCUUGUUGUUGGUAGCUCCUCGAUCUAAUCGAUCCAUGGAGCGCCUGCUUGGGCUGCUCAAGGUGAAGGUGGUGCGCGGGCUGAACCUGGCCAUCUGCGACCCCCUCUCCCACAGCAGCGACCCCUACGUCGUCAUCCGCCUCGGACAGCAGAAAGUGAAGUCGAGCAUCAAAUAUAAAACCAUCAACCCAGAAUGGAACGAGGAGCUCACCCUGUCUAUCACAAACUGGACGCUCCCCGUUAAGAUUGAAGUCUUUGACCACGACACUUUCACCAAGGAUGACACCAUGGGCGAUGCAGAGUUCAGCAUCCUCGACUUUGUCGAGAUCGCCGUCAAGGACCUGACCCAUGUCCGUGAUGACACGGUGAUGAAGACGUUCCAACCUAACGAGGAGAACAGCUACUCGGCUGACAGCCACAUCAUGUGGAAAGACGGGAAGGUCACUCAGAAUAUGGCCCUCAAGCUAAGGAACACCGACACUGGCGAGCUCAUCAUGCACCUGGAGUGGGUUAACCUCCCCCCAGGCAUGUCGCGGUGAUUUGAUUUGCAGGGGAGGCCAGCUAUUGCCUGCCUUUUGUGAUCGUAAUGUUUGUUUCCUCUAUAUAUGAGCUAUGAAAAUAAUUAAGCGAUGUCUGUCCCAUUCUUUACAUAACACCCACUGUAAUGAUUUGUGGAUCUCACCCGGACGGUGCGUGUAUAAUAUGAGCAACGUCUUGGUGAGAUCCGCAGAUCAUCACAAUGGGUGUUACGCAAGGCAUGUGAUAGACUUAUACUACUGGGGGUAAUGCUUGCUUUCAGUUUUGGUUCUGCAUAUGUUGUAUGGCUUUUUUAAUACAAAAGGGUGUAUUUUGUCCUAAGACACCUGUAUAUAUAGCCACUCCAUGUUAAUUUGCCAUCGAUCAUAUUGUCAACACACAUUUAAUUGAUAAUAAUUUUGACC